CAGUAAAUAAAAGCAUGGAGGCUCUGACUCUCGGGAUCUAACACCGAGCAGCGGGGGGUAAAGACACUGCCGCAUGCGCUCUCCCUUUCACCAAAACACACAGGAAGGACGCAGGCCAGCGGCGGACGCUUUGCCAGUUGGAUUGAAGUCAUUUUACGUGGAAGAGAGGAUUGUAGUUGGCGACCGGAGCGGGGCAGCCCGCCGUGCUGAGCAUGAAGCGGACGGCUGUAGUGGCCAGGCACAAUGGCCUCGUCUCUCCGCUGGGGAACAACAACUCCGGGGCUUCGAGCAUCGUCUCACCACCACAGCCGAGAGCCACUAGCAUCUCCGCUUCUGCCGACAGCGGUGUCGUCGGUGGGAUGGACGGCCUACUGGAUUUCUCCAAAGGCCCCACCGUCAAAACUGAACUGGUCUGCAAAUGGAUUGACCGAACUUCUUCGAGACAGAGGCUUGGGCGGACGGCGACAUCCGUCUGCGACCAAACUUUCAGCUCCAUGCACGAGCUGGUGGACCACGUCACCACCGAGCAUGUAGCGGCGGGUCUCGAGACCCUCAGUCACGUCUGCAUGUGGGACGAGUGUAUGCGCGGCGGGAAGGCGUUCAAAGCCAAAUACAAACUCAUCAACCACAUUCGCGUGCACACCGGGGAGAAGCCCUUUUCCUGCGCAUUUCCCAACUGCGGCAAGAUGUUCGCACGCUCCGAGAACCUCAAGAUCCACACGCGCACGCACACUGGUGAAAAGCCAUUCCAGUGUGAGUUUUGUGAACGACGCUUUGCCAACAGCAGCGACCGGAAGAAGCACUCACAGGUCCACACGGCCUCGAAACCCUACGACUGCAAGGCCCUGGGCUGCACCAAGUCCUACACCCACCCCAGCUCCCUGCGCAAACACAUGAAGGUCCACGUCAAGUCGUCACCUACCUCUGAACCCCAGGACGCGUACGACUCCAUCGCUCAUCAACUUCAACAACCUCAUCAGGCUCUCCUCGAGCCUCUCGACCUUAAAAUUAACCGCCUCUCUCCGUCACUUGCCAACAGAAAUGCUCAUUUUCCUCUUCUGUCCAAUCAUGAAUUGGAUAUCAGCUCAGCCAGCGAAGUGGACCAUAAGCUGCUGCUGCAGAGUUCAUCCCCAAUGGCAAUGCCUCUGGAUCUCUCUCUGUCGGGCCUGAAGAAUCAGCUGGCCCAGAAGCAGCAGAGUGGCAGGACUCCACGGAGGAGCCAGCGCUCAGUCAACCCAGCCUUACCUCAGUUGUCUAACAUUAAGGAGUGGUAUGUCUGUACCAGGACUACGGCGCCACAUUUUCCUCUACUUCACCCAGACCACAUCAAAUCAGAACCUAGUGAUGACGAGGAGUAUGUCACGUAGGAUGGAGGGACUGGUAGACAGACCUCACAUAUUGUCAGACCCAGGUCAUGCCAGAGGUCAUGCUCUGUGGAAUCAUAGUUGCUGUAAUUUCCCAGAACCAGCAGGCGUAUGGUUCAACAUCAGUGGCCCUUUUAAAGAUGGAGAGGGCUGUGGGGAGAUUGGAGGCUUUUUUAUUCCCCGUCUCGAAUACUAAUCUCAGCUCGGAGAUUGUCACCAUCUGCAGACCAAAAGCAAUGGCUCAGACGUUGCCAGUAGGGACAGGAGGACAUCCAUCAUUAUGGUUAUCAAACAAAAUGUUUGACCAAAAACUGCAAGUUAUCUAAUCGGUGUUAGUUAGCUAACCUGAACUAACACAGGGGAUAACAUUGUACAAAUGGACCAGGGAAUGUUGGUGACUGCUCUGCUUGCUGUUACAGGAUAUGAAGAGGGUGUGUGUACAUGGUGACCUCUCUAGGGAGACAGAUUAUUGACCAGUUUAUUGAAGAGCUCCACCUAGAUGAAGACAUUUCAAGGGCUAAAUUGACACAUAUGGAAAGGGGUUCACGUUAACCUCGGCAGCACUGUACACAUAGCAACGCAGCACAGGUCUAAAACAGCAGGCAUAGAGGGUGAAGGUGAGUGUGUGCCUGUGGAGGCCUCAGUAGGCUUCAAACUCACUAGUUCGUACAAGGUCAGAAAAAUACAAAUGUUGUUGGAGGCAGCUGAUUUUGCUCAGAUACUGUAGGGCAAUCCGACAAGCACUUUGUUUGAAGCACGCUGAGGCCUUUACUAACAAACUAUAGGUAGGAACUUGUUCAAAAGUGUUUUAUGUGAUCUAAUCCAGCACAGCAGCCAACAGUGAAGCCGCAGUUUGAAGACAGAGGGACUGAUUCUUCUUUGUACUGAUCAUCAAGUGUCUCCUUAACCUCCUCAACUCUAUGGACCUUUAAGUGGGUUAAUCACCUGCAUCUGUUUACACUCCCAUUUACAUUUUAGUCAAUACCCCAAGGUUUCCAAAAUGACCAUGUACUGUAAGUCAUACCUAUAUUCCUUUAACAUGAAAAUGUGUAUUAAAUGAUGCACAAGACAUCGAGUACUUUCCCUUUGAUGAAAUGGUGCAGCCAUAAAAAGUGUCGUCAUGGAAUUGAGUUUUGAAUUUUGAAUGUAUUGUGUAAGAUUGUGGUACAGCUUGUCAUUAAUGUUUAAUCUAUGUUUGGAGUUACUGCAUUGAGAACACUUCAGUGUACAUUAUCCAUCCACUAGAAGGUCACGUAAGAAAACAUACCUGAAGCAGAUAGCUUGAACCAACAGUGACAGGAUUUAUAUGUUAUUUUAAAGGACAAUUACAGUUUGUUACCACCCAGGUCUACAACCAGGGUAAAAGUGAAAGUGAGCACUCCUGAAAUGUCUCUAAUAAUCCAUCACUGUGUAGGAAAACUGAGUGCAACUGGGUUGGGGGAAAGAAAUAGAUUGGGGAAUAAUUUUACCUUUCAUCUUUGUUUUCUCUUCCAAUACAUUUUAGUUACCAUGUUCCCAGGCUUGUUACUAGGAAUGAUUGACAAAACAGCCAAAACAACCCCCAAGUUGAACAGAACACAAAUUUGCAUGUACUUCUAUUAGAGCAGAACACGUUUUGAGAGCAAGGACAGAAUUGUGUCAGUGGAGUUUUGAUUUUCAAGAGCAGUCAUCUCCAGAUAUGAAUAAGCAACUGUUAAUGAAGUUUGUAGCAUUUGCAUGGCAGUGGAACAGUGGCGCUGUCACCUCACAGCAAGAAGGUCUGGGGUUUGAAUCCUGCAGCUGGGAUCUGUGUGGAGUUCUCUCAGGUCUGUGUGGGUUUUCUCCUUCUCCCACGGUCCAAAACAUGCAGGUCUGAUCAGAAACUGAUUUACCUGAGGUGUAAAUGUGUGUGAAUGGUGGCCCCGUACUAGACUGGCAACUUGUCCACAUGUACCAUGCCUCUCACUAGAGGUGUGAAUCCUCACUGGCCUCAUGAUUCAAUUACCUGUCAUUGAUUUGAAUGAACAACAAUUCAUGAUGCAUCUCGAUGUGUAGCAUCCUCAAUUUUAUAUAUAUUACUAGUUUUACAUCAUUUAAUACAAGCAGUCAGAUAAAUUUUGCUUUCAAAAAUCAGACUACAACAGUCUAUAACAUCAAAAGCUGCAUCUUUCCAACACCAGUAUCUGUGUGACCCGCCUCAGUAGCUAAACCUUUCAGAGCUGGACAGCAGAGUUGAAAGAGUCUCCUCAGUUCUUGGCUAAUGAGCUGGGCUCGCUGUAUUCUUUAUGACUGCAGACUGCAGCUCAUGUUCCUCAAAUUCUCUGUAUUCCCAAAGCGUUUCAUUUUUGUGAGGCAGAUUUUACACACAGCACAUGUCUUGUCCAGUUCUUGCUUCCCAGUAAGUUCAUAAAAUCCAAAAUGUCCACUUUCAAAAUAUUGGUUGGCUUUUUUAUCACUCGCUGUAGAUCUCUGCCUCCCUUCCCCAAAUCGCCCAACUUAUAAAAGUAACGUUAGCCUAACUUUCACCCACAGUUCAAUGCAAGAUAGCGACGUUGCAAUGUCGUGCUGUAACUUCACAACUUUAUUGUCCAGCUGAGCCUGGAAAAUCAACAAUCAACAUUAGUAGGCUAUAAUUUUGUGUAGGCUGCUAACCCAUGAUUAUGUUCUGUCACUGCUUCCAUGCAGAAUCUACCGCGUCCGCAUCGCAGUGCAUCUUAGAAUCGUACCUACCUCUCACACAAUGUGAGUUGGGAUAGGCUCCAUCUUUCUGUUACCCUGCACAGGAUAAGCUGGUAUAGAUAAUGGAUUGAUGGAUAUUCCUGGCAUGUAACCACAAACUGAGAGGAGGAUAAAAUCUGUUGCAUUUGACUUGGGAGUGGAUUGUCAUUAUGUUAGGCUCCAUUGGCUUUCAUGUCAGAAACACUGUUAAAAGUAUAGGCCUAACUAUCAUGUGGGGGAAACUGAAGCAUGUUGAAGGCACAUGAUCAACACAGAUCUUAAACUCGGGCUGCAAGAAAUCAGGUUGUUGCUGUCUGCUACCUUAAAUCUUGACCUACAGAUUCAUUCAAUUUGUUUUUUAAACAAUAGUUUGACUUGAUAGAGCAUACAUAUCAGAGUUUAUGAUCACUGAACAGCACAUCGUUGUGUUCCUUUUAGGAAGUGUUUUAUUGAGAAAGGCUGUCUCAUGCAGUAUCACAUCAUUGAAGGAUUCUAAUCACCCAUACGUUCACUGAUCCAUUCAUUCUGUCUAUAAAAAAUGUUUAUGGAUUCAGGGCAACUGUCAUGAUCUCCAGUGAUGACCUGUAUCCCCACCCCAACCCUCUGAUUUAGCAACACUAAGUUGCGUUCAUCAUGUGUGAGUAAAUGAGUGACUAAGAAAUGAAAUUAAAAGAAAUUAUUAGACUGAC